AUGCCGCAUCCAAGCACCGUGAUCCCUCUACCGGUUAGCGGGCCCAGCCCAUCUACUGCCUUAGAACCUGGACAGAAGCAAUACGAGGCCAACGCCAUGUCUCCACAUGCGGCGGACCUGUCCCCAGGGCAGGCUUUCAGUGCAUCAGCAGCUCAUGCGCCAUUUGGUGGAAACGCGUCCCCGCAGCAGCCUGUCGCGUACUAUGUCCAGGUACCCCCCCCUGGGCGUCCCCGGAAGGACGGGUGGUGUGCGACCCCCGACUGGGCCCUCUUCUUCAUGGGCUGGUUUACCUGCGGGGUUGGCUGGAUCGUGGGGGCGUUUCUCCCGCUCUGCCGAACCCCCCGAUUCGAGAACGGAAUGAUUAUGGGUGCAUGGAUCGCCAACUGCGCUUGCGCUUGUGUAGUGACGACUUAUUUCUCGUUGAUAGCCGUCUUUUUCACGGGCAUCGCUCUCUAUGGCAUAUGA